GUGAAUAUUGUAACUGUUAUGGCCGCCUCCGUGGCAGCUUGUGGCAACGUGAUAAAAUGUUUUGAUGCCUAAUGUUUUGUUCAUCUAUUUAGACGACUUUCAUAUCCUGUAAUUUUAAAGAUCUAUAUUUAAGGAGUAUUUAAACCCACUGGACUUUCAAAGGCAGAGUACUUUGUGACUAAAAGGAACUACACACACGCAGAAAUGGCUUCGUUUAAACCAAUGAAAAUUCCGGUUUAUCCUAAACUUGGAGAGAAAGUCACACAGGACACUCUGUAUUGGAAAAACUACAAGGCUCCAGUCCAGAUAAAAGAAUUUGGAUCAGUCACGCAUAUCGACGUCUCUCCUGUGGCCCCACAUAACUUUGCAGUGACAGCAUUUACACGAAUCCACAUUUAUGGCCCAUUCUCCCAGGAGCCUGUGAAGUCAUUCACACGAUUUAAGGAUACUGUAUACUGUGGGAGGUUCCGUUCGGAUGGUCAGCUCCUCGUGGCAGGAUGUGAGGAUUCGGUUGUGCAGCUGUUUGACGUCAGUGGCAAGGUGGCACUCAGGAAAUUCAAAGGACAUACAAAGGCUGUACACGUGACAGACUUCACCUCUGAUCGGUACCAAAUCGUUACUGGGUCUGACGACUACACUUGCCGAGUGUGGGACAUCCCCAAUGCGACAGAGCUCACCACCUACCAAGAACACACAGAUUACAUUCGCUGUGGCGUCACGAGCAAACUCAACAGGGAUCUCUUCAUUACGGGAUCAUACGACCACUCAAUUAAACUGUUUGAUGCCAGAGUUGAUAAGUCUGUAAUGACUAUGGAUCAUGGCCAGCCAGUGGAAAGUGUGCUUCUGUACCCUUCUGAAGGACUUCUUGUCUCAGCAGGGGGGCGAUAUGUCAAAGUGUGGGAUCUGCUGAAAGGCGGCCAGCCCCUGGUGUCACUGAGGCACCAUCACAAAACUGUCACCUGUCUGUGUCUGAGCAGCAGUGGCCAAAGAAUGCUGUCAGCGUCCCUGGACAGGCACGUGAAGGUGUACAACACGACCAACUACAAAGUGGUGCACAACUUUGAUUAUGCUACCUCCAUUCUCAGUUUGGCUUUGGCUCCAGAUGAUGAGACUAUUGCUGUGGGUAUGACCAACGGUAUCCUGAGCAUCAAACACAGGAAAAACCCUGAGGAGUCAACUAAAAUGUCAGGUCAACAUCGGCGACGACCGGCAUAUCGUGUGUUUGUCAAAGGGAAGAACUACAUCCCUCAACAGGAUGAUUAUCUUGUCAGUAAACCUGUGAAACAGCAUCUAGCACAAUAUGACAAACAUCUGAAGAAAUUUAGUGUUUCCAAGGCUUUGGAUACAGCUAUGCAGUCAGGGAUGAGACAAAAGAAGCCGGAAAUUCCAGUCGCUCUUAUAAAAGACUUGGAUCGAAGAGGAACUCUGAAAAAUGCUCUCGCAGGACGGAAUGAACAGGAAGUCACUCGGUUGGUCAACUUUUUAAUAGGGAACCUGGUUGACCCCAGGUUCACCCCUGUCCUCGUCAUAGCAGCUGAGAUGAUCAUUGACAUUUAUGGGUCGGUCAUUGGCCAAUCGUCCAUCGUGGACCGCCAGCUUUUGCGUCUCCAGGAUCUGCUGGAGAGAGAAGUCGACUACCAGCAAGACCUCGUGGAAGUGCUGGGUAUGUUGGACACUGUGUUUGCUUGCCAUCUCCCGAGGAAGGAGGUGCCGUGCCUGGGUGUGGACAGAUCCAAUGGCCUGGCCAAAGGAAAGACGUGUGCCUCACAGCCUCAGUUGCAGGCAACCUGACGUAUCUUGGGAUGGAAUGUAACCCUUAACAGCUUGUAUUAAACAUCCAAUCAGCCUGAAUUUGCCUCAUGUGACGGGCAACACGUGGCUCCAUCAGAUAAUAUCAGUUUGGUUCAUGUUUCAGAACCUUCAAACACAUCACAUUUAAUAAAAUGUGUUUUCCUGAAUGAGGAUUCUUUUUUUUAA